GGUGAUGAUGUCGUGAUGAUGAGGUCGAUGAUGUCGUGCAGCGCAACGUGUUUUGUGUUCAAGUCGCUGGGGUGUGGCCGCGACUCGCGCGACUUUAACUCCAUCAACAGAGGAAGUGAAGCUCGCACGCCGAGCGACGCAUUCCGCGGGGCGCUCGUUUGCUCUCUGUUAAUUACUUACACGAGCAGAAAAAAACCACGUCGCUUCGACUCGAGUGUCCUCAACAAGUGUGGGUUACGGCACGACGCGGGUUUGUCAUGCGGCUGCUUUUAAAAAGAUGACUCUGAGCCUACGCUGCCAUGCCAAGUAUUGAAGAUGUGCAGGAGGCUGUGCAGUCCAUCGAGCGACUGCAACAACGCCUGCGACAGAGGGCGGGCGGGAGCGGCGGCGUAGGCGUUGGUGGACGGGCCAAGGUCGACGUAGCGUCGCACGAAGCGCACCUAAGACUGCUCAAGGACACCCUGCAGAGUUCAACAUUCCGGAGCAUCUUUGCACUGCAGGGCUCCAUAGCGCAGCUUGACAAGCAGCUGGAUUCGCUGCCGAGCAGGAGGGUAUCCCAGUAUGACUUCUCGCCGUCGGGCGAGCUUGUGUUUGAGGAGCACGGAACAUCCGUUCCCAUUGUCCAGCUCCCAGUGGCACCACUGCCCCCCACUGUGGAUGAUGAGGACUUCACCCUGGUGGUGAAGCAUCUAGCUCAGGGCCGGCUUGUGCACUUUGUGGACCUCGACAAGCCCGAGGGCGUCGGCCUGGGCUUCAGUGUCAUGGGCGUGAGGAGCAAGAAUGGACACAACGGCAUCUUCAUCAAGGCCAUCCACGCGGAUAGCAUCGUUGGCAGGGAUGGCCGUCUUCAAGAGGGAGACCAGAUCCUGGCCAUCAAUGGCAUGCCUCUGGACGAGCGCGUCUCACAGGAGCAGGCGGUGCGGCUGCUGCAGACGACCACGGGGCCCGUGCAGCUUGUGGUCGCCCGCUUCUCCCACGACACUGAGACGCCUCCAACAGAGGGACUGGAGCAGACUGAAUCCAUUGAGUUGGUGACUACGGGCAGUGGAAUGGGCUUUGGAAUCGUGGGCAACCGAGCCACAGGGAUCAUCGUCAAGACAAUCCUGCCCGGAGGAGUCGCUGACAGGGAUGGGCGCUUGUGCACGGGCGAUCGGAUCCUUAGCAUCGGCGACAUGGACGUGCGGGGCAAGGGGAGCGAGGAGGUGAUCUCUAUCCUGCGCCAGUGUGGUUCGCGCGUCCACCUCCUGGUUGCUCACGGAGAGCCUGGCGAGCAGCUCCCUGCCACCCCAUCGCCGGCACUCGCUCAGACUCCUCCGUACCUCCCGCCGGUCGACCGCGUCCCUUCGGAGGCUUCGCAUUGCUUGGAGGCGGAUCGUGCCGGCGCGUCCGAGCCCUGGACAGGCGAGAGCAGUGUGGACGAGGAGGGAGUUGAUGACGACGUGGAGGUUUACGAUGUGGAGCUCACGAAGGGUGGCCAUGGCCUGGGGAUCAAUCUCACCAGCACAGGCGACAACAGGAUUGUCGUGAGAAGCAUGGUACCCGGCAGCCUUGCCGAAAGAGACGGGCGGAUCGGCGUGGAUGAUCAAAUCGUGGCGGUGGACGGCAUAUUCAUCGGGGCUCUGAGCAGCACGGAUGCCCUUAGUCUUCUUUGCUCCACGGGACGCACAGUAUGCCUGUCUCUGGUGAAGAAUCGCGCGAGCGAGCGUGACACAAGAGUCGCGCGAACAUCCCCGACCUCCGUCGUGCCCGUCGCCACCUCUCCCGCUAAGCGGGGAACGUGCACAGGCGACCAAUCCUCCGUGGACAAGUAUUUAUCAUCAUCUGCAGGACAAAUUACGGAGGACGAAGCGAUGGCCUUGCUCCGGAGUUACGAUUCAGACGCUCCGCAGAGCCAGCUCGCGCUCAACACCGAGCCUGAGCCACUGGGGCCCGAGGUGCUCGUGGAUGAACAGGAGACGACCGUGGUGGAAACUCGGGGAGCUGAUGCUGCUGCCACACCCCCACCGCCAGUGGAACUAUCGGCGGACGAGCCGCGCCUUCGCAAGAACGAGCCCCUCCUCACCUGGACCGCCUACGGGGUGGUCGCCAGGGUCACGACGCAGGCCAGCGGCGGCGGCGCGGCCUCGCCCGUCGGGGCCGGCGGCAACCAAUCGGCGGGGUUGGUGAUGGGACCGGGGCAGGAAGUGGGCGGGGCCGAGGUGGAGAUGCCCGUCGACGACGACGACGACUCCAUGGAACCGGCGAUCUACGACAGAACGCAGAGCCUCAUCCCCCAGUUUGCAGAACGCCGGGUGCAUGCGCGCGAUAAUCACGAAGGGACGCCGGGGACUCCCCGACGCCGAAGGCCGGCGGCCGGGUCGCGGUCGGCACGAACGGAGGACGGCACGUCCAGCGACGAGGAGGUCAACCUGGACGACUUCCUGAGCCGAGCGAGGAGCUCGCAGGAGGAUUCUGUGGAUGGAAGUGGUGCUGUGAAAUUUACAGCCGGUGCCAGCCACAGCCCUCCCCACAGGAGCCCCCAGCAGCUAGGCUCCGCAAGAAAAGUGGAAGGCGGGCACGCGCGGCAAUAUCAGUACAGCGAGCUGCCGGAGCGGGAGGAGGGCGAGGGCCAGGAGAGCGAAGUGCAGCACUCGGGCGGACACCGACACUGGGGCCCCCCACGCAGGGUGGAGCUAUGGAGAGUUGCAGGGGUGCCACUGGGCAUCAGCAUCGUGGGCGGGCGUGACCAGGCCAGCGGUGGUGCCGCUCCUGUCAACCCGCUCCAUGCCGGCAUCUUCAUUAAGCAGGUCCUGGAGGGCAGCCCGGCCGACACCACAGCUGGCCUGCGUGCUGGCGACAGGAUUGCUGCUGUGAACGGAGUGCGGCUCCUCAACGUCACGCAUGCGGAGGCGGCGGCCUUGCUGAAGCGCUCGGGCAACCCGCUCGUGCUGACCGUGCAGUCCCUCGUGGCCGUCCCACGGCCGCACAGCGUGCACACCCUCCUGAUGGCUCCGCAGUUUCCCCAAGAAGAGCAGGUGGAGGCCGAGGUGCAUCGUGCACAGGCGCACGUGCGCGCCGGGUCGCAGGCAGACGCGACGGACUGCACGCCCAAGCAGCUGGACACCGCAGCUGGGCCGGACGCCGGGCCUGGCGCUCCCGCCCCAGCCCAGCCGCAGCGGGGAUCGCCCACCUCUCCUCUGUCCCACCUCAAGGAGGACGAUGAGGAGGAUGACGAUGAGGAGGAGGACGAGCAGCUGCCAGGGGACGGAGCCGGCUCUGCGGGGCUGAGCCAGGGUGAAGGAGAGGAGCUUGGGGAGCUGGACUUGGGUGAGCUUACAGAAGACAAGCUGCGGCAGCGCUACGGCCACCUGCCGGGCGAGCUGCUGUCCCUGGAGCUGGAGAAGGGCCGCGGCGGCGGGGGCCUGGGCCUCAGCCUCGCGGGCAACAAGGAUCGCUCGCGCAUGAGCGUCUUCGUCGUGGGCGUCCACCCGGACGGCGCGGCGGCCCACGACGGACAGAUCCAGAUCGGGGACGAGCUGCUGGAGAUUAACGGGCAGAUCUUGCAUGGCAGAAGCCACCAGAACGCGUCGGCCAUCAUCAAAGGCACGCCGUCCAAAGUGAAAGUGGUCCUUCUUCGGAACAAGGAUGCCCUCAACCAGAUGGCCGUGCCUCCCAUCCGGAGCCCCCUUCCCAUCUCCAUCUCCGCCCCGUCCAGCGCUCACUCCGGGGCGAGAUCGCUCGAGAGCCACAGCUCAGCAGCCUCCUCAGACCAUGCACCCCUUCGACCCAAAGGGGACUUCUCCUCCUUCCCAGACGUGCACGAUGUCAUUGUGACUAAGGAGGAGAGUGGAGGCAUCGGUGUCUCUCUGAGCCAAGAGGGACCGACUGAGGGAUUGUCAGUGAAAAGACUCGAGCAGAACGGAGCUGCUGCAAAGGGUGGGCGGCUGAAGGUGGGAGACCGCAUCCUGGCCGUGAAUGGGGAACCUGUUCUGGGCCAAACGGCCGACAAGGUGCAGCAGCUGCUGCGGCAGGACCCGGACCCGUCGGUCACGCUGACGGUGAGCUCGCGCGACGAGCGGAACUUCCCCCAGGUGCCCACCACGCUCGUCGUGCCGCCAACCACGACCCAGCCGCCGCCUUCCGCUGCCCCCAGCGUCACGUCGUCCCGCGUGGCGGAGGAGUUGGACCCGGCCACGUGCGCCAUCGUGGCCGGCCGCGAGACCACCAUCGAGAUCAGCAAGGGCCGCACGGGCCUGGGCCUCAGCGUCGUGGGCGGCGUCGACACCCCCCUGGGAGCCAUCAUGAUUCACGAGGUUUACGAAGAAGGAGCUGCUGCCAAGGACGGGAGGCUGUGGGCCGGAGACCAAAUCUUGAAGGUGAAUGGGACGGACCUGCGCUCGGCCACGCACGAGGACGCCAUCAACGCUCUGCGCGCAUCACCGCAGCUCGUGCGUCUGUACGUGUACCGCGACGAGGCGCGUUACCGUGGCGACGACGAGAGCGCGCUGCACGUCUUCACCGUGGAGCUGCUCAAGAAGGCCGGCCGCGGACUCGGCCUCAGCAUCGUCGGCAAGAAGAGUGGGAACGGGGUGUUUGUGUCGGAGGUGGUGCACGGGGGGGCGGCCGAGGCUGACGGGCGACUCACGCAGGGCGACCAGAUCCUGUCGGUGGACGGGGAGGACGUGCGCUCUGCCUCACAGGAGACCGUCGCUGCCAUCCUCAAGUGCGCCCAGGGUGUGGUGAAGAUGGAGGUGGGGCGCAUGAAGGUCGGCUCCUUGCUCUCCUCCCGGCGAACGUCCGACACCAGCCAGGUGAGCCAGGCGAGCGCCAACAGCCUGCCCCCGCCGUUCGGCGUCGUCACGGCGAGCGUCGCCGCCGCCACGGCGGCCGCCAGCGGCAGCAGCAGCAGCAGUGAGCCCACGCCGAGCCGCUCCGACGGCACGCUGUCCCCCACCAGCUCGCAGGCCACAUCCGGCUCAGAAACACCGCAGCAGCAGCAGCAGCAACAAAUACGGACUGUGGAACUGACCAAGGACCCCAACGACUCCCUGGGCAUCAGCAUAGCGGGGGGCAUGGGCAGCCCCCUGGGGGACGUUCCGGUCUUCAUCGCCAUGAUCCAGGCCGACGGUAUUGCCGCCCGCACGCAGAAGCUCAAGGUGGGAGAUCAGCUGAUAAGCGUCAACGGUGAGGCGGUGCAUGGGCUGACGCACGCGCAGGUGGUGGAGCUCCUCAAGAAAUCUCCCUGCAUCCUCCGGCUGCAGGUGGUGGCCGGAACGGACCUCAGCCGGUUUUUCAACCGCAGCGACGGCGCUCAGUCGAGUGGCGGCAGCUCCUCCAGCCAAUCGGGCGCCGGCAUCGCCGCCGUGGACCUUGGGCCGCAGCAGCACAAGACGAUAGUGCUGGAACGCGGGCCCGACGGGCUGGGCUUCAGCAUCGUCGGCGGUCGGGGAAGCCCCCACGGCGACCUCCCCAUCUACGUCAAAACCGUCUUCAACAAGGGUGCCGCCGGUCACGACGGGAGGCUCCGGCGAGGGGACCAGAUCGUGUCGGUGAACGGGGAGUCGCUGGAGGGGGUGACCCACGAGGAGGCGGUGGCGGCGCUCAAGAGGGCAAGGGGCCCCGUUACGCUCACGUUGCUGUCCUAGGUGGCGGCGAUGACGACGACGUUGAUGACGAUGCUUGCAACGGCUGACGGCUCUCCCCUCCCAAUCGCAGCCGCCGGGCGCCACCGCCGGCGCCACCGCCGCGACCACGAAAGAGACGGCGCAACCGCCAAUCGGCGCAACCGCCAAAUUCCUUCGGCUGCAAGCGACAAAAGUUUCCAAAGAGGCGACGCCGCCGCCGCCGCAGCAGCAGCAGCAGCAGCUUCGCCGACCGGCCCGUUUCCGACACCGCCGAGUCGCGACCACAGCCGCGCCGAGUCAGCAGCAGCUCGGAGAGUCCGCCGCCGCCGCCGUCCCUGCGUUGUCGGUGACGGUGACGUCGUGCAUCGCCGUCGUUUGCGCGACGGCCUGCCGGCUAAGCCGGUGUAACACUUAACCCUCGAGCGCCACGCUCGACCAGCGCGCGGUGACCACCGGGGAUUCGCCUCGGCUGCAGCGAGCGCCACGGUGCGCCGAGCUGCACGGCGACGCCAUCGACCGUCCCUCGCCCCCUCGCCCCCCCCCUUCCGCGUCCCCCAAACCCCCGCUUACGUUUACGCAGCGCGUGAGCCUUGUGUGGUUGGCCAUUGUGAACGGCAGUAGCGUCGACCGGCUAGUAGGACUGUUUUUGCCAGUGUUCUCCACUAAUUUUCAGGGGGGUAGGGCGGCGGGGGGGGGGGGGCACUUUCGCCAAUAAGACAUGAUCAAGGUCCGAGGGCCGUCACACGUUUGAAACCAUUGGGGUUUGACAGCAGCACGAUGAUGAUGAUGAUGGGGGGGUGUUUUCAGUCUUGUUGUGGGGGGCGGGGGGGGGCGCACGUCAGGUGGCCGCACUCAAGGCCACCAGUGGCCCCCGCGGGGUUUGCAAUGAAGAACACUGGUUUAUGCCAACAGACGAAAUCAAAACCAUUUUGCAAACGAUUAAAUUGAUACAAAAACGUGCUAUAUAUUAUACGAAAAUAUCAAAAUAUAUAUAAACUUAUUCGGAGUUUAAACAGCGAUGUUGAACUCGGUGGAGCCAACUUUUCAUGGUUAGGCCUUUUUGCUACUGAGCGUUCGCCAGUCGUUUGCGGAAUUUCUUAAGCCGCCUUUGCAAGCACAUGGCAGCGGGGAAGGUCAUGACGUUUAAUUUCCUGUCAUUUUUAAAAAUGUAAUCUGUAAAAAAAAAGGAGUCAUCCCAAUUACUGCAACCUCGCUGACGGAGCUCAGCAAAUCUGCUCGUAAGGGUUUCAGCAUAACAGCAGACGUGUGGCGAUUAUCUGAACUGGUCCUGGGUCUCUUCUAGGUCGACUCAGCGUCAAAUAAUUACGUGGUGCGAUAUGUAAACAUCGCCACUGGGCAAAUGAAGGCGGCCGGGUGUGUUGCUGGUCAUCCACCCCCUCGUGUGCUGUGCUGACCUUCAUAGGUGCUUGCUAGCAGCACUUGCCCCAAAUGUGAAAGGCUCCACGGGGGAUCUUUACUUUUGGGAGACAUCCUGUGAUGGGACAAGCAUGCACAGGAGGUGAAAUGUAAGAGUGAAUAUAUGACGUCUGGCUCCCUUCACGAUAGAGGUCAACUUUAGGUUAUAAUCCCCGUCCAUCAUCUCCAAACCAUGCCUACAUCCGGGAUUAGUUUCAGCUGAAUUUGUAUUGAGAUAGGGACCCAGAAACAGUAUCUGUGCCUGGCACACCAUAUCCAGUUUAUUUCCCGCUGUUGCUACUGGUUACAUGUCUACUCCGCUCUACCAGCAACGUGGAAAAUUAUUUAUUGAGAAAUUAAGCCCUGGCUACAUCUUUACAUCAACAACAACUUGAAUGUACGUUGCUACUAAAUGCAAUCGUAUGUUUCAAAUACACUUACAAAAUAAAAACUAUAUACUCGGGUAGAUGGUGGUGUCGAGAGGGGGGAGGGGUGUGAGUACCGGGAACCGUGGCCGGAGGGAGACGGAGCAACACCUGGGACCAAGCAAGGUGGGCCGAGCAUCAAUAACACCGACAAUAACAACAAUAACAACGAGCCCCAGGGGCAACCAGGGCAGCGCCAGCAAGCCCCCCAGGGCAGCGCCAGCAAGCCCCCCAGGGCAGCGCCAGCAAGCCCCCCAGGGCAGCGCCAGCAAGCCCCCCAGGGCAGCGCCAGCAAGCCCCCAGGGCAGCGCCAGCAAGCCCCCCAGGGCAGCGCCAGCAAGCCCCCCAGGGCAUCGUCGGAGCACUCAGAACAACGCACACUUGUCCCAACGUAAGCGCGAACGUACCCUGACGCUCGGUUGGUUUGAAUAAAUGUGCACACUUGUCAAAGUGCGAUCUGAGCCCAUGCGCGAUCUGAGCCCAUGUGCAAUAUGAGCCCAUGCGCGCUUAUGCGUCGUGUGCUGUGUGCCGUUACUGUGACAUUGCUCCUUGUCCAGCCAAACCAAGAUUAUCCACAACAUUUCCUUAGGGAAAUCGUAAGUUUUGAUUGCUACGCCUCCAAAGAAAUUUGAGGGGCAUUGUCAAAAGCAUGGUCUACUGUAAAACGGAACAUCGCCAGGUCAUUCAGCUGUCUCGGGAGCAUUGGUCACAUUUUUCAAGUUAAAGCAAGUAUGUGGGUUGGGGUGGGGGGGGAAUCGCGCGAACGCGCAUGGAUUACGUGACGCUUCCCACCACGCGUUCGUCCUCGGAAGUCUUCAGCACGAGUUGUCACGAAGGGCAUCAUCCUCUCUGCUCCGGGUUUUGUCUCCAGGUUUUUUUUUGGGGGGGGGGGGGGGGGAAACCCUCCAAUGAAAUUUGCCCAGGUGUUUCAAUUGGGCCGACAAGUCCCGCAUGGUAACGCACAACUGUUAUAUUUCGGGUUCAUUCGCAUUGGUUCAUUUUUGCAAGGGUCACUGAUGACGGAUGAAGGUCAUUUCGUUAAAUCUCGAAAUUUUUUGUCGGAAAGAAUUGAAACAUGACAAUGCAACGGACGGUCCAAGGUCUGUUUUUUCCUGCCUACCCAGUAAAUCUGCCUGGUGAGAACUGCUGCUGGUGAUGAUAUUGAUGCUUUUGAAGAUGUUGUUCAUGUUUAUACAGGAACACGAUUUCACCCCUGGGAUUGUAUAAAUUAUGUUGUGACUUUUUAAUAUUAUUGCACUGGGGAAUGGAUGGAUUCCAGGACUACUUUUAGAUGUAUUAUUUAAGUUGCUGUUCCUAAAUGUGAAUGUAAAAUAAAAUUCUAUUUCACCGUCUGCCUGAAUGCAUAAACAGCUGAUGGAUAAUCUCGGAUUAUAUGGUGUUUAUUGAAGGGUUUUCUUGUGUAACUUUUGUAUCAUUCCCAUACUGUUUAAAAAAAAAAACCUAUCAGUCUCGUACAACGAAAAGGAUUUGCAAGGCGUCAUACGAAUAAUAAUAAUAAUAAUAGUGGAAAUAUACCACUAUAAUGAAGAUCUUAAUCAACAACAGCACAAAGGCACUUUGAAGGUCGUGUUAAUUCCUUUGGCCAUUUUUCCACUUUGACGAUACCAUGGUUAUACACCUUUUAAGGAAUAUUGAUUUCCUCAAACUGCAUGUUUUUGUUGUUCCCGUGUCCUCUUCACUUGGCCACAUAACACCCCAGUUUGCCAGUGGGUCUCGACGGACAAUGUGGUUUACAUUUUGAACUCUUGUCAUCUGAGCAAGUUCACCAGGCGGAGUGUUGGCAGCGACACGUGUUCACAUUUUCACUCGGACGCCUUGAGCAAAACUACUGCUGACAAACCACUCAUCAUUGCAUUCGUAGAUUUGAAAGGUUUUAUUCAUUCUUUUUUUUCUAAAGUAAUUUUCGUUAGUUUGAUUUUCAUAGAUGUGGCGGGGAUUUUUUUUUGUGUAGUGGCACUGUAAUAUAUUGUUUAAAAUGGGCUGGUGUAUAAUGUAAUUAUUUGAAUGUAAUGUAUGGGUUGGCAGGAAAAGGUUUUGCGAUAGGACGGGCGGUGUGUAUAGUGGUGAAGAUGUAAAUUUCCACGUUCAUUCAUUGAAGACAAUUUGUGUUGUCUCGCAUGAUCUCAACAUUUCUCUUUAAUUAAAAAAUAAUAAAACUUGAA